UGUGAUGAGAGGUACACAAUGAGAAAGAAGCAAAUACUGCUUUUAAAGGUUGGUGUAGUUAUCUGGCUGUGCAUGGUGUAUGCACUCUUCAUACAUAAACCUGCUACAUCUUCAAACAUUCAGAUUUCACAAACUAUCAACCAACAAUUGGACAAGCUUGAGGAAGAGCUCAAUGGUCAAUCUCAGUUUUAUAAUGGACUGCUGGAGAAGUUACGAAUUCUGCGGCGUCAUCAGGAGACUCACAUGAGCAGUGACAGUCUAGCCGAAGGCUUAACAUCACAAGAUAAUUCCAAAGGGUCUACUGUACAAGCAGGUCCCAUCCUUCCUGUGUUGCUUAUAGCAUGUAACCGUGAAGCUGCUGUGCGGCGAUCACUUGACCUUCUCUUAAAGUACCGGCCAAGCCAGGACCGUUUUCCCAUUAUUGUAUCUCAAGACUGUGGUCACCGACCAACACGAGAAGCAAUUGAAUCAUAUGGAGACAAAGUUGUUCUAAUACAGCAACCUGAUCUGAGUGACAUAGAAGUGCCAUUGAAGGAGAGAAAAUUCAAAGGUUACUUCCUCAUUGCUCGUCAUUACAAGUGGGCACUUAACCAGGUGUUCCAGAAAUAUAAUCAUGAAGCAGUUAUUAUAGUGGAAGAUGAUCUGGAUGUUGCACCAGAUUUCUUUGAGUAUUUCUCUGCCACUUAUCCUGUACUUCAGUCUGACCCGACACUGUGGUGUGUGUCAGCCUGGAAUGAUAAUGGUAAAGCAAAUUUGGUAGACGUGAAGAAUGGAAGUACCAUUUUGUAUCGAACGGACUUCUUCCCGGGGCUUGGCUGGAUGAUGACCAAGGAGUUAUGGGACGAACUUGGACCUAAAUGGCCACGUUCCUACUGGGAUGACUGGGUACGUGCCCCAGAGCAGCGGGCAGAUAGAGCCUGUAUUAGACCUGAAGUGUCUCGAACACGCACUUUUGGCAAAAAAGGUGUUAGCAAUGGUUUGUUUUAUGAGAAGUACUUAAAGCAGAUACACCUGAAUGAUGUCUCUGUACAAUUUUCCAAAAUGAAUCUCUCUUACUUGCUCAAGGAGCAGUAUGAUCCGGUGUUUGAGCGACAAGUUCAGUCAAGCCAGGUGGUGACUCUUAAUGAUGUGAGAAGUGAUCGUCUAGCCAAGGGCAACACUUACAGAAUUAUAUAUCACACUAAAGAUAACUACAAGAAGAUCACUAAAGCCCUCGGCUUAAUGGAUGACUUCAAAGCUGGAGUUCCAAGAACGGGAUACAAGGGCGUAAUUACCUUUUUCUACGGAGGCCUCAGAAUAUUUUUGUCUCCGGGUAAUAACUGGAAAGGUUACAACCCAUCCUGGAGCUAGCAGCAUUAUGUGAACUAGUGAUAUGUUUAGAGAACACCAAGGACCUGCUCUGUACCUUCAUUAUAUUUUAAAAUAUAUAAAGUAUGUAUUGUAAAUUGAUAGAUAAUAUUUGUUAUAUAAAUCAGGUUAGGAUGCACUUUGUUAAUGUUGUAUGAAAUCAUAUUUUUAAUUUGAGUAGUUUAUCAUUUACUUUGAAUAUACUCAUUAAGAUAUUUCCUAUGUUAAGAUCACUUAUUUAAAGUUACCAUGUAUCAUAUCAAAACUGGUGAAUGCACUUCCUUUUUAUCCUGAAAGUCUAACGCUUAUGUAAGACAUCCUUCAAGUUCCUUUUAAUUAUUUUGACUGAGAUAUUUUAUUAGAUUUUUUACUCUAUUGUUGUCAAUAAUAUUAGCAGAAAAUAUGUGAAUUGAGUGAGUACUGGAGUAUGUGUUUGGCAUUUAGGCCUAGAUAUUCAUUUAAUAUUCUCUAACAUACAGUGUAUAUACAUAUAUUAAUACAUACACAUACACACAGUAUGUGAGAAUCUGCAUUUCCAUAAUUCAGUUUAACCCUUUGACUGUCGCAAGCCCCUUUCUGAAACUGUCAUUCUAUGUCGAAAAAGUUUUUGAAAAAAAAAAAAAUCUUAUGAAAUGAUAGAGAAUCUUUUCCCGAUGGUAAUGGCACCAAAAGUACGAAAUUUGGUUGAAAGCUCACAGAAUUAUGCUCGCACGAAAUUAGCGGUCUCGGUGACAUAUACGCAUCGGCAAUUUUGCUGACUUUGAGCCCUGUUUUGGGCCAAUUCCGUUGUUCCAGUUGACCAAACUCAUAGCUAUUUCUUUAGAACUCUAUUUUUUCUAUCAGUUAAGUACAAGAAACCACCCAUUUACCAAUUUGAACUACCCAAUAAAGUGGUCAGAAAUUGGCAAUUUGGACAAUUUCACGCAAAUUAAAAAAGAUUCCAAUUUCAAAAUAGGGUCCAGAAUAAACAAUGUAGACAUUCUUGGCACUAAAAUAACAUAUCCUCUGUUCAUUAGUCACGUCUCUAGGCCCCUCUUAUAUUACUAUUGCUUUCUAUUUUGAUUUUUUAUUCAUACAAAGAAAUGCAAAAUUUGCUGUUAUGCAGACUACUGCAUUAUUGUAAAAAUGGUAUAAUUAAUAUCAGUGCACUAAUGAAAGAAUAUUAGACUCCCCAGUUGACGUGUAUUGGACGUGUGGUGUAAUUUGCUUACUCCUGAACAUUGGUAAAAAUCGAGCAUUUCAUUGUGAAAGUAAUGAAAAUCAUCUCUAUUUCUGUAAUAUGUUUUCCAUUUUAUCACCUGAGACCAUGAAAAUGAGAAUACAACAAUAAAUACUGUAUGAAAAUACACCUCAAAGUCGGCGUUUUAAUCCAAAAAAAUGGUCAGUUUUUUUUUCUCAUUAUGCACUGCAUGCUGCAGGAUUUUUUUUAUGGGGUGCACACUGACCACACAGACCCAUUCUCUCACAUAUGGGCCUACCAUCUUUCUCCCUGCUUGAUUUGAAGCUGCUAGAAUUUAAGCGUAUAAAUACGUCAGAAACAGUGGUGCUUAAGACAUAUAUAUAUGACGUAAACAGUCAAAGGGUUAAAUGGGGCUUUUUCUUACCUGGAGAGAAAUUGAACUACUUAGUACAUAAAACUCUUUACUUCCCUCAUUCUGAUCAUAAUUAUAAAUUAAGCAUCUUCAAAGUAUUUCAAUUUAAUACUUAUUUAUUAUGAAGGAAAAAAUGAAGGCUUACAAAAUUUCUCUCUUAAUUAUUUUAUUUCUGGCAUUGCUAAAAUUUUAUUGCAAUAUGGAUACACAGAUCAUCAUCAUCAUUCAACAAACCAGCUGUAUCCCACCAAGGCAGGGUGGCCCAGAAAGAAAAAUGAAAGUUUCCAUUUUUAAAUUUAGUAAUUUAUACAGGAGAAGGGGUUACUAGCCCCUUGCCCCUUGCAUUUUAGUUGCCUCUUACAACAUGCUUGGCUUACGGAGGAAGAAUUCUGUUCCACUUCCCCAUGGACAUAGAGGAAAUAAACAAGAACAAGAACUAGUAAGAAAAUAUAAGAAAACCCAGAGGGGUGUGUAUAUAUAUGUUUGUACAUGUAUGUGUAGUGUGACCUAAGUGUAAGUAGAAGUAGCAAGAUGUACCUGAAAUCUUGCAUGUUUAUGAGACAGAGAAAAGACACAAGCAAUCCUACCAUCACGUAAAACAAGUACAGGCUUCCGUUUUACACUCACUUGGCAGGACGGUAGUGCCUCCCUGGGCGGUUGCUGUCUACCAACCUACUACCUAGAAAAAAAUAUAUGUAUAUGAUUAUAUAGAUAGAUAUAUAUACGCUCUGCAGCUGACCAGUAUAUCCUUCAUUUCAAUAGAGCCAUACAAAUUGCAAACCAUGACUGUCAUUUUUGAGAUAGAAGCAUAACAGUAAGAGAAUAAUCCUAUGAAUACAUUUUAUCUUGUUGUGUCUGCAUGUUUAUUUAUAAAUCUGCAUAUGUGUGUGUGUGUGUUAUGUUGUAAAUGGUUUAGAAAACCGACAAGUUGAAGAGUGAGACACUUGUGCAACAUUUGGGAAUCUUUAUUACAGAAAUGUUUUGGCAGCCAGUGGCUUCUUCAGUCCAAUACAAAGAACAGUGGAAGAUGAGGAGGAGUUUGAGGUAAUUAAUCCUUAGGUAAGUGUUGAAGAAUUCCCUGUAUCAAGAUCCUUAGAUGUUUUUGUCUGACAGAUACAUUGUAAGUGGUUUAGAAAAUUGACAAGUUAUUGAGAGAGAGACAGUUGUCUCAUUCUUCAUCUUGUUAGUUUUGUAAACCAUUUACAUCAUAGCUGUCACACACAGCAACAUUUUAGGAUAUUCAUACAGGGAAUUCUUCAACGUUUGCCUAACCAAUAGGCAUGACCUACUUACAAUAGUGGUAUUUUUCAUUGGUGACUCUGCCUACUACUACUACUACUACUCCACCUCAUCUGUCUACAGUAUUUAAGCUCCAUCUCUGCAAAUGUGCUGCACUUUUUAUCAAGAUUGAUGAACUGAAGUCAUGAACUCCAGGCUGAGGGACUGAUUAUCUCUUCUCCUCAUCUUCCACCAUUCUUUGUAUUGGACUGAAGAAGCCACCGGCUGGUGAAACGUUUCCAUAGUAAAGAUUCCCAAUAAUUGCACAAGUGUCUCAUUCAUGUGUGUUGCCUACUCACUCUCCAUGUCUAUCCUAUGCUGGCUUGGCAAAGUAAGCACUUUAGUGUCAUGGGUUUACAGGUUGUCUAUUGUUGCACUCAGAGCGUAAAGAAUUCCAGACAAGAAGAAUAGGAGGAGGAUUAGACACAAUGAAAAGAUAGUUUGUAUCGGUGGAUCUCUGACAUAAUGUUUAGCAUGCAAAGCAGAGUCAGUUGUGAAAUAUUGGAGGUCAUGUGUAAAGAUGGAAUGUUUGAUAACAAUUGGAAAUGUGUUGAAGUUCUGGACAGUUAAUGUUUUUAAGUUGGUAACAUGUAUGAGAGAUACUUGGAAACUUGUACUAUAGUGUGUUACUGGAGGCCUCUGACAUUUUUGAGGUUAAUAGUACAAUGAAUAGUUAUAUUUCACACAUGUUCAUGCUGCACCUCAACAGUUGCGAAACAAUUUUAAAGAGCACAUGUGCCAUAUUUCGCAGCUUAUUAGACACUUUUUUUUUUCCAUAAAAUAUCUCCAAAAACCACCCUGCACCCUAUAAACUGAAGGUCAGUGACGGGAGCUAUAAGUUUGGGGUGUGGAGUGGGCUGUAGCUCUCCCAGUUACGUCCGAUGCCGAGCCACUGAAACUAAAACAAGUCUUAUAAGCCGCGUAAUAAGGUAUAUAACUUGGAAUGUUUGAAUGUUGACAACCUCCUGUAAUACUGUAAUAUAUUGGUAGCUUACAUUUUUUUUAAGGAGUACUGAAGUUAAAAUGUCAAACAUUUCAGCAAAGAAAUAUUCAUACAUUUUGUAAAAAUUGGUUGUUGAUGCACAUAGUAAAUAUGUAUAGUUUAUAACAUGUAUACUGUAAUAGUUUGAACUGAGUUAGUUCUAAAUUUUAUUGACGUAAUUGUAAUUGUGCAUUUGAACGUGAGCUGAAAGUAUUUUAAUGUAGAAAUAUAUAUAUAUAUAUAUAUAUAUAAUGGCAAUAUUCAGGUGUGAGAGGGCCUGUGGAAGCAUGUUUAGGAGAGUCAGUGUCUGAUGAAGGAAUAAUGUUAGGAGUUACAUGUAUGAAAAGCAUUAAUGUGUUGCAGCUGCUCAGAAGAACACAUGCUGUUUCUUUCACAGUUGUUUACAAUCAUACACUGUAAAAUAAACUUUUAGCCAUGUGUGAUGAAUAUUGCACUCUUAGGCAACAUAUAUAUAAUACUGUAGAAAAUAUAUUCAGUACCUGUUUUUGAAUGAGAGAUCAUGUAAAUCAACACACUUAACAGUAUUAGGAUGUAGGGAUUGUCAGUAAUUUUGUAUAUUUCUUGCUGAUAAGUGCUGCCAAAAGGUAACUUGUGUGUUGUAUAGCUGUGUUGAUGUGAGAACUGGCAUGAGAAAGUGACUGAAAUAUGACUGUGCAUGAGUGUAUAAUAUAAAGAAGAUAAUUUUUUAUGUAAAUUGGAAUUCAUUGUAAAAAAAUUACAAAUUAAAACUUCUCAGUUGUGUAAGUAACAAA